CAUAACAUAGCAUUUCAUCCUCCCACCAAAAUGCCCCGACAGCUGCGUACUCGUACAUCCCGACCAAAUUAUGCCUCGCUUGCAACUAUAGGCGAUGAAAACGAUGAAACAAGCCUACCCAAGCGAUCCCUUGACGAGCACAGGGAUAGCGGGAGUGACUUUGCACCGGACAAGCUUUCGGAAGAUGCCCACGAGGAUGUACAGAAUGAGCCUGAAGAUCUUCUUGAAGUAGACGAUGAACCACCCCAAGAAGCGCCAAAACGGGGCAAGUUGAAAGCUUCUACUAUUGCAGGGUCCAGGUCGAUAUCACUUCUCCCCUCGAAAACCGGAGAAGGACGGUCCCAUAAGCCUCCACCAAAAUCCCAGUCUGCACAGGCAUCUACUUCUAAGAUGUCUGCCCCAAGGAUCGCGAAGAUGUAUGUACUACCAAAUCCUAGCGUUCAUCAUCGACACAGAGCUAUGCCAGUCUUUCUUCGCAAGGAAAAAGUCGAGCGACUUGAUGCCCCUCCUACGCUGUUCGACCCACCGGACAUCGUGCCAACCAAUAGUAUGACAUCAGAACAAUCCUUGAUUGAUCGGAUCAGCAAGGCUUGGGGUUACAAUGUCGGCCCUGGUCCGGUGUGGAAUAUCAUGGAAGAUCGAUCAUGCUUCAAGGAGGCCUUGGAAGGGACAGAGAAUCCAAUAAAUGAGUCGUGCAGACGUCCCAGAGUUCAUCAAGGUGUCACUUUAAAAUCUGGAUGGACAAUACUGAAUGAGCAUGGUGCUGCGAGGUAUCUUCCCACCGACACUGUGUUGACAGAUGAUGGUCAGCUGCGACCCCCUGCCCCUGUGCAUUGCUUCCUUGGACUCCAUGAUCGCCAGACUCGCGUUGAGAUGGCCAUGUUCGACAGUCAUGCUACAUCAGAAUUUAUUCCCGGAGGCAAAUCUUUCGUGUUCAAUACAGGAGCUCCUGCGUGGGGCGCAGAUUGGUGCCCGACAUAUCCAGAUGACCGACCCCGUCGGGGGUAUAAGCACUACCUUGCAGUCGCCCCUUUUCCAUCGCGAUCGCACUCCCCGAUGAUCGGUGCAAAAGUUCAGCGUCCAGCUCCCGCUUGCAUACAAAUAUGGGGUUUGCAGUCCAAGCAAAUGAACAGCUCGCAGGCAGAUCGUUUAUCUGCCGGGGAGUUGAAGUGUGAGAUGGUGCUUUGCUUGGAGUCAGGGCCCGCAUUCGAAAUUAAGUGGUGCCCUCUUCCCUCGCACGAUCAGUGGAAUGAGGCUCAUAUGGAAGAACACCCCCGAAAGCUAGGGCUACUAGCAGGGACAUUUGAAGACGGUUCAUUGACCGUAUAUGUCAUUCCAGACCCAGAGGAUGUAAGAAGCAAAAACGGCGACCCAAUGCGUCCGACAUUUGUGCAUUUACCCGAACCCCUUCUCCGCAUCGAGCUAGAGGAAACUUCCUGCUGGUCUCUUGACUGGGCUAACAGUGAAACCAUCGCCGUCGGUUGCACAAAUGGUUACGUCGCUGUAUAUGACAUCGGUCAUGCAGUCAGAACAGGUCAAGGUCCAAACAUCCUUCCAACACAUUACAUUUCAAUACACCAGUCCGCUGUGCGAGCCCUUGCGUGGAUUCGUAUCCCGCCGACGAAUGGCUCUGGAAUGCCAUUGACCUCUGAGGAUCCAACGGUUCUCGCCACCGGCGGAUACGACGGCUUAGAAUGUCUGACUGACAUCCGAGAACCACAUGGAAAUAUUGUAAACAGAACACGAGAUGUUAUCAAUAGCACAACAUACUCCGCAUUCGCAGGUGGACCGAUCAUGAUUGAUCACGACAACACUGUCAAAGCAUAUUCAGUAUCUCCCAGUACGCUAGGCAGAGGGCAUGUGCUUUUGGAGCCCGACGGGCCGGUGUGGAGCGUUAGUGCGUCGGACUACCACGCUCAGCUAGCGGUCGGGUCAGCAGAUGGCUCUUGCGUCACGACCAACACUCUGAAGUCGACAAGAAGAGGCGGAUCGGUGCCAUUUUUCGUCCACAAAAUAUUCCAGCUUGACUACAGUCGAAAGACAGGAGAGUUUCGUAUGUUGGAUCAUUUCCUUCCACAAGAAACUCAAGAAAGGUCCACGAAUCCGAAAGCGAAACAAGCCAAAAAAGAUGAAUCUGAGACGAGCAUCAGCACGGGUGUGUGGCCACCUGAAGUAGGCGUGCAUCGUGUUACUUGGAACUCAGGAAAUGGCCUCGGCGGAGCGCCGCUGCUCGCAUCUACAACGGGUUCAGGACUCUGCAGGGUGGAUUGGUUACUAGGACGGUGGAUCCGGAACAAGGUGCCAUAUGUGAAUGUGCCAAACAUGAGGAAAGAGGUCGACGAUGUUAUGGACGAGGAUAGUGGAGAUGACUGACAUAUCCCCAAACAUUUCAGCGGAUGAAAGAUGCGAAUGGCACAUUAGGAACUCGUUGCAAGUACCCGGAUAUUAAGUACACGACACCACCUCUUACUUUUCGCGGAGCUGUCUAUGGAUGCGGAGGGAGUAGGAUGGCAGAUCGAAGUAUCACGAAGCAGACCGCC